CUGUAUGUUUAUGUUUGUCCAGUCGAGCAUUCACUGGCUUGUAAUAAAAUUAGUUCGCGUAGCUUCGAGCAAUAGUUUUGUAUUUUGCAUCGAGAAGACACCAUGCCGCCGAAAAACAACAGAAGGAGAAGGACGAGAAAAAGAUGCCACCGAAAGCAGGUAACCAGCACGAUGCCACCUUCCGACAAUCUGGAAAUUGAAUCUUUAAUGAGAAGUUUUGAAGGUGCUCUGGAUUUGCAAACGGACCUAGACUGCUUCACGGUGGAUAAGGGCCGUGUAAACGACGAAUUUUAUAUCUUAGGGGAAGGUUCAUUUGGGCUUGUGACACUAGGAACCUUAAGAAAACCAGACGGAUGUGUAGCAAAAGUGGCACUGAAAGGCGCUAAUAAUUCCAAAUUCGUCAAAAUGAUGAAAGAGGAGGCGAAGGUCAUGACAAACUUUGACCACGAUAACGUAGUGAAAUUUUUUGGAGUCCAGGAAACGCCUUUUAAGAUUAUAAUGGAGUACAUGCAGCACGGUGAUCUACUUGACGCUUUAAGGAAAAACGUUUUUCCCAAUAUAACAGAUUUAAUAGACGUGCUGAUUCAAGUCACUUCGGGAAUGGAAUAUAUCUCGUAUAUGAAAUACAUACACAGAGAUCUGGCCUGCAGAAACGUAUUUGUCAACUCAAAGAAGCAGUGCAAGAUAGGGGAUUUCGGACUGUGCAAAUACGUUGGCGAUACUGGAGGAAUCUAUAACAUGAAUGGAAAACAAUUUUUCAACCAGUAUUGUGCUCCCGAGGUGAUGGAUACCAAAAAAUUCACAACCAAGUGCGACGUUUGGUCCAUGGGUCUGUUGAUAUGGGAACUAUACAUCUCGGUUUCAAAUGAAGUACCAGGAUUUUACAAGCAAAUUAUACUGGAUUUUUUCACACUGACCGGCAAACUUGCACAGCCCAAACUGUGUCCCCCAGACUUAUAUAACUACGCGAAAGAUGUGCUUCUGAAUGGGGAUCCCAACAAGAGGCCAGUUUUUUCUGAAAUAAAGACAUAUUUGUGCGACAUGAAUCGUAAUCUGCCUCCUUGUCAACUAUUUUAGAAAUAGUGUGCCUGGUAUUUACGUAUGAUACAAAGCAAACAUAA